AUGGCACAAAGAAACAAAACCUUGCUGGCAGCUAAGAAAUCUUUCUGCCACUGUAAACCAUUGAUGGAAGUGCAAUUUGAUGAACAAGUUGGACAGUAUUGUCAAUUAGCGGGCCUCUUCGAUGAGAAGCUGGUGGUGUCUGCUCAUUUUACAUCAUGGAAGCUGGCAUUAACAAUUCCAACCCGGAACUGGGACAUUUGCUGA